GCUACAUAAGGUAAAGAUCAAUGAAAGUUGAAAUGUAACUGCUUACGGCAAGACAGUCAACCCUUGCAGCAAAGAAUUUUCCCAUUGCCUAUUUGACGUGUUUCUUUCCCAAAUCAGGGCUGGAUCCCACAUUGGAAAUUUGCACGAUUAACUGCUAGACAAUGAACUUGUGUUGUCUGAUAUUCCUCAUCCUUUGCUAUGCCAAGCAGGGCUGGACGGAAGAUGCUAUUGAAUCUGACAGCGGACCGCUGACGACUAGUAUACCAGGAUCAGAUUGGGAGGACAAUCUUCACCACCACGUAGCAGAAGCACUCACAGUUGCUCCAGAUGGCCUCGAAACAGAUGUUCCUACUCCCGGGCAGAAAGAUGGCUCCUCUGAGGAGGAUCUCGAUACACUUUGUGAUGGUGAAUUGACCAGCCAGCAGAUUAAGCGGGCUGUAGGCAAUGGCAUCAUGAAGCUUGGAUUUUCGUACUUAGAAAGUUUGAAGCCAAGCCCUGAGCUGCCCAAUGUCAUAAUCUCACCUCUAAGUUUGUCUGUAGCAUUAUCACAGCUAAUGUUGGGAGCGACGAAUGAGACUGAGGAGCUGCUUCUACAACAUCUGCAUGCUGACGAACUGCCCUGCUACCACACUGCCCUCAGCACCCUCCUGCAUAACUUUCAAAAGAAAAGUCUAGCUAUUGCUAGCCGCAUCUAUCUCCAAUCUGGAUUUGAACCAAAACCGGAAUUUAUGGAAGAUUCUCUGAAACUGUAUGACUCAGAACCUGCCACUUUGAGCACUGUUGAUGAGGUAAAUGAAUGGGUUAAGAAAGCCACAAAUGGACACAUUUCAAAGUUUUUGACCAGUCUUCCUGUCAACACUGUCAUGAUGCUCAUCAAUGCUAUGCACUUCAAAGGAGAGUGGCUCACCCGCUUUGAUCCUAAAUUCACGUCCAAUGAGCUCUUCUACAUGGAUGAAAACAAAAUUGUCAAUGUGGACAUGAUGCUUGGUGUAAAGUACCCUCUCAGCGUUUUCACCCAUCUUGAGCUGGAUGCCCAGGUUGCUCGAUUCCCUUUUAAAUCCGACAGGAGUCUUCUGGUGGUCAUGCCAACAUCUGGAAAAGUUAACAUGUCAGCCAUCGUAGCUAAACUCAAUAUCUCAGAUGUUUACACUCGGUUUCCACGAGAGCGAAACAUGCUGGUCAAACUCCCGAAAUUCAAGCUCGAUUUCAACCAGGACCUCAAAGACGCCAUGACAAGCAUUGGUCUAGGAAUGCUGUUUAGUAAGCCAAACCUGGGCCGUAUCUCAGAUGGCCCCUUGUUUGUGUCCAGUGUGCAACAUAUGUCAAGUGUUGAGAUAAAUGAAGAGGGGGCAGAGGCUGCUGCAGCAACAAGUGUGAUCAUAUCACGUUCCAACCUGUCAUUUACAGUCAAUCAGCCAUUUUUCUUCGCCAUAAUGGAGGAUUCAAGUCAAACACCAUUAUUCAUGGGAGUCAUUACAAACCCCAACCCUGGAGCAUCCACUAUAGUUACAAGCCCAGCCAAUCCUGAUAAAAAGGGCUUUACUGAUGACAAGCCUUUCGAUGUUCCUCCGAAGUAAAAUCUUUUCACACCAUUUUCCGAAUUAGUUCAUGAGAGAUCUUUGUCUGUGCAGUUGAUUCUCACUGGGAGGUGAAUAACGGACAACAUCUUACAAAGACAAAUAAACCCUACAGAUAGUUUGUCAUUUCUGCCCCAUUUGAAUUGUUGUUUUCCUAAUGAUUGAAUCCUAUAAAAGUUUUUAUUCAUUCUUGUUUUAUCUUAUAUGGUUUUACGAACAUAUUCUUUCUUCACAACAAUAACAUUUAAAUAAAGCAAACAUGUUGCCAAA